AUUUGUAUAUUAUAUUCAUAUUGCGUGUAUGUAAAAUAUAUAUACAAAUACAAAUGAUAAUAGAUUUAUGUUCCAAGUUAAGGAUUACUCAUUGGAACAGGAACUUAGAACGAUUCGCCGAGACGAUUCCCAAACCGAAGGGCGCCGUGCCCGAGUUCGGUCUACCAGGAUGGAAGAUGAUGCCUCUGGAGCACAAGAUACCCAUGAUACCUGGACCGAAGAAUGUUUACAGCUUCACUCGGCGCAAGAUAGGAAGGAAACUGUGGACGAUGGAGAGGCCGAGAUUGCCGUUCGAUUUGAGCGAUCCUUAUUGCCACGAGACCAGAUUCUCUUACGAACCUCUGCACGACGAGCAUUUGCUCGAGUUCUUCUCCAAGCCGAUAAAUCUCAAGUGUCUAUUGAAGGCCGAUCUAAUCACGGAUGGCAUGGACGUCAAGUGUUCGUUGCGUGAUUACAACGCGUACAGGAAAUAUCUGAGAAAGGUACACGCCGACCGUAUCAAGAGGGAGAUGAGAAGAGAAGAUCGUCUCUUCGACGAGAGGAGAGAUCUACGUUUCGCCGAAGAGCAAGCGCGCAAGGAAGUGGAAAGAUUAAAGGGAAGAGAGAAAUUUGUCAACUGUAGACAGCGUCGAAUGCAGCAGCGAUUGCUGAAGGAGGAACUAAAAAUGCAGAAACAAAAGAAACGGGCGCAAAGAUUGAAACUGUUAAAAUGCAUUAAGCAGGAAGAACGAAGACUGAUAAAUAUUAAGCGUGAGAAGCGGGCUGAGCAAAUUCGGCAAAAAUGUAAAAUUGCAACGGAGAUUGUCCGACGAAAAAUGAUUGAUGUUGUAAUAGAUUGGAAAAAGAAGGAUAAAGCACGACAAAAAGCCAAGGAGAAGCGAUUGAUGGAUGUCGAACAACAAAAGCAAAAGGACGUGGAAGAAAGAUGGCGAAGAAAGCAGGAGUUCCAAGAGAAGGAUAUUGCAAAACAAAAAAUAUUGUUGCAGCGGAUAGAAGCUCGCCGUAAAAAAUUCAUAGAGGAAUAUAAUACUAAAAUAGAUAAAGAAACGGCAAAAAUGCAAAAACUUUUGGAUAAUGCUAAGCUGUUUACCAGUUGUUAUAUAAAGAGACGUCUCCCGGACGGAAGGGAACUUAUUUGCUGCAAGAAAUGCCUUAAAGCAUUUAGUAGCAUUAAGGAUGGAGAAGAAAGUGAAAUAAAAAGUAACUUGCAAAAUUCAAUUAAUUUUUCGUCGAAAUUCAUGAAGCAGAAGAAACACAUGAUGGAUAUAAGUGAUGAUAAAUAUCAGAAUAAAACACAGAAAUCAAAGCAUAUUACACAAGAAGUCACAAUAAGAAAAUAAAAUGUGGUCAUGGACAUUGUUAGCAGAGAUUCAUUAGUAAACAAAAUUUUUUAUAAUAUGAAGACAUAAGACAUUAUAGACAUAAUUGAAAAUUAUACCAACAAAGACAAAAGUAAUCUUCAUAUUAUCAAAAUCAACGUUAAAAGACCAGUGAUAUAUAAAGAA